CAUUGGCUGGUUUGUUCAGUGGUUGUAGCAUUUCAACAACAUUUCUCUGUAUUCUGUGAGUUCAGAACGUAGAAUAUUGCUGUACUAGAAGCAGAAAAUACCUACAGGCUUCCAAGAUGGAAGAUCUUUCGGCUAAAAAGCGAGAGAUUGACGAAAAGCUGCAAAUGGAGACACAGAAGCUGGCAUUUCUGAAAGACAGCCUAAACAAGAGCAACCAGCUGACAGAAAACAUGGUGUCUAUACUGGAAUCCUUCAGCAGCCGUCUCCACAAGCUAGAGGACACCAUCGUGCCAGUACACCGGGACACCAAAAACCUGCAGAAACUUCAAGACAACAUUGAUAAGACGCUGUCCUCUCUGGACCAUGUCAUCAGCUUCUAUAAUGUUGCCAAGGAUGUGGAACAAACCAUCCGAGAGGGACCUUACGGUUCUCCCGAUCCGCUUGCUCCAAAAUAUCCCGACAGAGAGUCCGACAACCAGCCAUCAGAUGGGCCCACAGGUCGUUUGGACUCGUACCUGCAGAGCAUGGCCAGGGUCCAGAACGCCGUGGACUUCUUCAGUACAAACAACCCAGGCAGUCCUGAACUGCACACUGUGACACAACUGUUUGAGUCUGGUAAAGACCAGCUGGAGAGAGAAUUCCGGAACCUGCUGACCAGACACAGCCGACCGGUACCAGCGGUCACUAUACUGGACAUGCUGGGGACAGAAGACGAUCCAGAAGAUAUUCCUCUGGAGCAUUUACCAGAGAGGACAGUUGCAGAACUGACGGAAAUCUCUAGGUGGCUCAUCACCCAAAACAGCACCGAUUUCAUGAAUGUGUAUGCCCAAAUCAGGUCCAACACACUGCUGAGAUCUCUGGAUGGGUUGAAAGAACACCAGGCAAAGACUGGAACAGCAACAGGAGUUUCACCUGCCUCUGGAGGUAGCAGAAAGCUGGCAUUGAAGGACACGCCCACCAAGAAAACAGCCUACCUGAAAGGGAGAACAAUAAUCCGGAAAGCUGGCUCUUCCAUCAUGAAGCAUUCCUCCCUGACACUAGACACAGCUCGUCGGCAGGGUUCCAAUGUUGUGGCUGAGCUAAAGGACGACGUGUCAGACACAGAGACAGAUACAUGUAUCCUCUGUAUCUCUGCACUGCUCAAACUCAUGCAGAGUGAGUCUAAGUUGAUGGAAGGUGUCAUCCCGGAGAGAUAUCACAACUCCAUCUUUGAACAGCUGGUGCAACAGUCCAUGGAUGGGGUGGUGGCCGAUGUGGAGAAUAUAGCCACAUCUGCUAAGAGAUGUAUAGGUAAGCACGACUACUCUGCUGUCCUGUCCAUCUUCCCUGUCCUGAAACACCUGAGGGCCAUCAACCCAGACUAUGAAGAAGCACUCAAGGGUACCAAACAGGGACAGAAACUCCCCAGUCUGAUGUCUACUCUGGAUACAACAGGAGCGAAGGCUCUGGAGGAGUUUAUCGACUCCAUCAAGAAUGACCCAGAUAAGCAGUCUAACAUGUCCAAGGAUGGGACAGUGCACGAGCUGACCAGCAAUGCUAUGAUCUUCCUCCAGAACCUGCUAGAAUAUCUGCACACGGCUGGUGGCAUGUUAGCUGCACAAGUUGCCGCCAGCUGGUGCCCAGUAGACAUCUACCCUGCUGGAAUGAAGGCUGCAGAGAUCAAUGAAAGAAAACUGUCCAUCUAUAUUGGUAAAGUGCUUGGAGCCCUGCAGCUGAACCUUGAGAAUAAGGCUAAGGGGUAUGAUGACCCCGCCCUGACUGCCAUCUUCCUCCUCAACAACUAUCACUACAUCCUCAAGACUCUCAAAAGUUCCGGCCUGAUGCGUGUAGUGGUGCUGCAGACCAGUGACAUUGAAGAACACUAUGAAGACAUCAUCAGAGAGCAGAAGAGAUUGUACUCAAAGAGCUGGAGUGGAGUGUUACGUCACAUCCUGGAGAUCAGUGGGAAGACUGUGUCCCAGCAGAGAGCUGCGCCACAGAUGGGCAAGAAAUUCAAGCUGAAGGACAAGGAGCGACAGACCAUCAAGGAUAGGUUCAAGGGUUUCAACCAGGAGUUUGACGACAUCUACCGUACGCAGAAGGGCUACGCCAUCCCGGACCAGGAGCUGAGGCAGACGCUCAGGAACGACAACAGGGACUUCAUCUUACCUGCCUACACAGCCUUCAGGGAGAAGUAUGAGCCAAUGCAGUUCACCAAGAACCCAGAGAAAUACAUCAAGUACUCUCCGGAAGAAGUUUCUGCAACUAUUGACAGAUUCUUUGAUUUGUCUGCUUAACAAAUAACAACAGUAAACAAAUUAUAAAAUAGCUCCGCAAAUAGCAUUACUGUAUAAUCUCCAAAAUCUUGUAUUUUUAUCAUAAUGUACAAUUAUGUUGCAUAGCAAUAUUCUGUAGAAUGUAUUUUCAAUAUUUAUCAUGAUAAAUAAUUGCUAUGAUUAUGAAAGAGCUGAUUGGGACUGUUAUCAGUGCGCUAAUUUAUUUUUCAUGUACUUUGUAUUGGGUCCUAUUGAAAUUCAUAUCAUACCUGGACUAUGAUAACAUUUUGUAUGGGUGUUAUGGACUGGAUGAUAACUUGGGUUAUCACAUGGGGCUCUACCGUUAUCACACUUCCAUAGAAUAAUUUGAAUGCGUUGUGCCCCAUGCAUCACUGUCGAAAACUCAAGUACUUGAUUCAGAUGUUGAAAUUGAUGUAACAGCUUUUUGUUGUUACAUAAUUUUCUCAGCUUCUAUAUUUCACAUUAAAACAUAUGGGUAUGGAAUUUAUAAAAUACAACAUGGUGUAUUCUGCAUUACCCUUCUGGAUUUCACAUUAAAACAUAUGGGUAUGGAAUAUAUAAAAUACAACAAGGUGUAUUCUGCAUUAUCCUUCGGCCGUGGGGCGUGCUUCCCACGGUACGUCGGAUUGGCACCUCAGGUGAUACAGAAUACGCCAUGUUACAUGUGCAUUCUAUAAUAUGUUGUGUAUUGAAAUAGAUGUUCAUGCUAAGUCAUAUAGUGGUGUGCCUAUAAAGUUGAAAUUUAGUGUUCAGUCACUUCAUUUUGUAAAAGUGAGGACAUGCUAACUACCGUACAACGAAAGGAGUCCUAUGAUUUGGGCAGUGCAAUUUCUCAGUAUAAGAUAACAAAUAUUUAUCACAAUUUCGCAAAGAAUUAGCUACUUCAUGUACAGUAUUAUGUGGAUUUCAAUGUUCUUUGAAAAUAUGUUCAUAGGUUAGUGUAUCUUUUGUACAGGUCUGGAAUUUGGCGAAAUUCAGUUUUCAGAUAUUAAAAAUCUGUAUCAUUGAUAUCAUAAAAUUUUCUUUGCAUACGACUGACACUAUUAGCACUGAGCAGUGACUAUCAUGCAUUGAAGUAAUGAAUUAAAAUAAGUCACAGGAA